AUGGAUGUAAAUACACAUACAAGUCUUGCAGCCCCCUUCCCUUCUUUUCUCAACUCUGUCAACUCCUCUUCUGAAAUUUUCUGUGAUCAUCGCAUAGAGCAAGAUCCAUGUCUGUUCUUUGCCACAGAAGCUUUCCAAUCCAGUCUUGAUGAACCAUUAUACGAUUCGGUCUCGCUGGUGGAUGAUCAGAUACUUGAUUGUUCAGAGAGCAACAAUGCGUGUUCACAAAGUGACCUGUUGGAGCGGACAGACUAUUUGGGCAAUACAAUAUACGGUCGUAACAAGAGUGUUAAUGCUACGCAACCUCUUGGUAUCCUGGACGAGAGUGUUCAUCACGGAACCUCAGGCGCCGGUUAUUCAAACACAUCCGGUUGUAUUGAUCCCAGUUUGUUAACUCAACACGUACACGAACCUCGUUAUUACUCUCGGUCAUGGCUCGAUCAAUCCACCAAACAGACCCUAGCUGAAAACUCGCAAUCGCAAUUAUCUCCACAACAACCACACCAGGCAAAGGCGACAAAUGCACAAGCACCAACCAUCCCCAACGAUAUGAGCAUUGAAGCUUAUCCAAGCCCGUCUUCAUUGCCGUCUCUCGGUCAACUCACUUCUCAAGUAACAAGCCCACAGGACACGACUCAGGUCGGGUUAAACAUGCCAGACGGCAAAGUGGCGAUCGAGCCCGCAGGGAUGAGCUUCACAUGUGAGACUUGUACAAAGUCUUUUACCAACAAGUCCCGCUACGACCGACAUGCCAAUCGGCACAGCUGCAAGGCACCAUCCAGAUGUGAACAAUGCGGACAGUCAAUAAAGCAUCCAAAAGACCUCAAACGUCACCUGGGCUCCAAUAGUGCACUGCCUUCGUGUCCUGCACUCAAGAAAGUCAACCCCCAGGUGAAUAGCUUCAUGUGCAUUUGCAGCUCCAAGACCUAUACUCGAAAAGACUCUCUUGUACGCCACUUACGAACAUCCAAGAAGGGGAAUCACUGCUGUAGAGCCUGCAACAAGAACCCUUGUGGUUGCUCAUAA